UUUCCAAAAUAAAUAAAAUCUCAAGAAAAACAAAUCAAUAAAUAAAAACAGUUUGGUUUUGAGUUUUGAUCAUCGUAUUUAUUUAUUGUUGUUAUUUCGAAACAUAGUUCGUUCAUGUAAUUCCCAGGAAAAUGUUGAAGGGCCGUUUGGUUGCCGAGAAAAUUUGAUACAAAAUCAGUUCUGAGUGAGAAAGGUCAAAGUGAUGGUUUCCAUGGAAACAGAAUCUACGAGUGUGCCGAGUGGUAAAAGGCCUCACUUCUUUGCGUUUUAUUCUGCUCAUUUAAGCGCAGAACAGCUGGAAACGUUACUAUGUCUUGUCAGUAUUUUGGUGGAAUACCUGUUGCAUUGUUGGAGGGUGACACAUUGCAAUCUGUCGCAGAAAAUUCCAACGAAAUUCAUGAAGCACAUGGAAGGAAGGUCUUCUGGUUCAGUUGCAUUAGAGGGUCCCAGCGGCAAGACAUGGCUGAUUAAUUUGAUUCAGAGCAAUGGCGAUUUAUUCCUUCAUCAUGGAUGGCCAACAUUUGUGAAAGAUAAUUAUGUGGAAUGUGGUGACUUUUUAAUCUUCCGGUAUGACAGUGAGUUGCAUUUCACUGUGCAAAUUUUUGAUCAAAGUGCAUGUGAGAAAGAGGUGGCAUUUCAUUCCAAAUGCAGUCAGGAUUUCCACGAUCAAAAUUUGGGGAAGAAAAGAAUAAGGGAAGAUGGUAUCUCGUCUUCAGAUAGAAUUGUUGAAGGUGUUCUAAAGAAAAUGAGAGAGGAUUCUCCUGAACAUUAUUCAGAUCGGAUACACAGCAACCAGGAAGCAGUAUUGGAUUUAUGUCGUAAGAAUGGAUGCCAUUAUGAAUGCGUGACAAGACCAUGUGAACAUACAAAUUAUUCCAAAGAAACUCAACAAUAUGGCAGUUUGUCAAAGAAAUGCGAUGAAAAGCCUGCUUUGGAUAUUGUUUUAUUCAAAGCAAAGGCCAUGCAGAGUUUAUGUAGCAAAGCAGACAGAUUUAAUGUCAAUGGUGGAGGCUGUGUGCAAAUGUCCGCAGCACAUGAAGUGGUUCAGUCAUUUACUUCUUGCUACCCUUAUUUCGUGAGAAUAAUGAAAAGCUUCAAUGUCAGUGGUUCAUUUACUCUGAACAUACCCUAUCAAUUUUCAAUGGCACAUCUUCCGAAUUGCAAAGUAAAGAUUGUACUUCAAAAUUUGAAUGGACAAUGCUGGACGGUUAAUUCCGUACCAUCUACUAGAGUUCAUACGAGUCAUACUCUUUGUGGGGGAUGGAUGGCUUUUGUCCGUUAUAAUGCCAUCAAGAUUGGAGAUAUCUGCAUUUUUGAACUUGUGGGUGAGUGUGAAUUUCGUGUGCACAUUCUUGGAGUUGGAAAUGAAGAGGUUGACUGCCAAAGUGGUAAAGUUGCUUCUAGUUGGCCAAACACUGGGAAUGCUGUGACAUCACACAAGAGUAUCAAAGGUUUUUCCAAAAAAAUGAGGGGAAACUCUUCUAAGGCUCAUUCUAAAAGCUUAAAACUGGUAGAUGUAUCUGAUAAAAAAGUUUCAAAGAAGCUUACAGAGGUUCCCUUUGCUAAUGAUGUGAAGAAACACGGUAACACAUCAAAAGCUUUAACUAAAGUUGCACUUUGUUCUCAGUCAAAUGCAGCCAAUAAAAAGUUGGGUGCAAAUGGGGUAAUUGUAGUUAGAAAAAGGAAAGGAGAAAGUGGCAAUGAGGCACAACCAAUUUUUCAGAACAUUGUUCACAGGUCAAGAGGCGUUGAAGAUGAAUUAGGAUCUCAACCUAGAAGUGGUCCAAGAAUGCUGUUAGCACUUGACGAAGAACGAGCAGCUCGAUCCUUUUCUUCUUGUUUCCCCAACUUUGUGAAGAUCAUGAAGAAAUUCAACAUUAGUGGUUCUUAUACCUUGAAAAUCCCACACCAGUUUUCUACAGCACACCUCCCCAACUAUAAAACUGAGAUUUUACUUCGUAAUUUGAAUGGAGAGUGUUGGACUGUUAAUUCUGUCCCAGACUCACAAGGGCGACUUGUGCACACCUUUUGUGGAGGAUGGAUGGCUUUUGUUCGUGGAAAUGGUGUCAAAAUAGGAGACAUCUGCAUUUUUGAACUGGUUGGUAAAUGUGAAAUGCGUGUACAUAUAUCUGAGGUGGGAAAAAGAGGGCUGGACCAUCAAGUUGGAGAAGCGACGUCUGAUAACCUAGCUCUGAUUUCAUCUACCAGCGAGCAUCUUUCUUUGUGACGUGUAUGUUCUACCAGUAUUAGCAGGUCAAAUUCCCUGGAAAUACAUUGUGGUGAGCUUAGCCCUUUGCUCAAAUUUUCUUGUCAAAUUUGACUGCAUUUACCUGAUUGUCUCAAUGAGUUUAGUUUUGUUGCUGCUAACUUUCUGCUUUUGCUUACUAAAUUUUCCUUCUAGCGGCUACAUUAUGUGCAACUUUCUUUCAUCUGAUUUGGGUGCAUAAUUCCUAGUUUCUGUUCAACUAGCUAGUUGUCGCUUGGUGGAUAGAAGUGGCCUGCAAGCUUUAACUUCAAUCCAAAAUUUGAAGAAAGAUAUUCGUAAAAAGUAAUUAGAACUAUUUAGGCUAUUACAUAAACUAUAAUUAAUCUUUCUAUCAAUUUUCAAAAGGUUUGGUAAGAACUUGAUACUCCUUGCACUACUCUGUGCAGUUGCCCUAAUAAUAAGUGCAGUUCUUUGUUUCUAUCAGUGAAUUGAUAAGAAAACGGUAGUGACAGGGCUUAGUUUAUCCCAUUUGUGUUAAGGAAGUUGUUUUUUUGUGCAACUUUGCCAUGUGUUAAUACAUUUACAAUUUUAUAA